GCAGCUGCCUUGCUAUAAAUUUGGUGGGAACCAAAACUCGUAGCCACCUUAAAAUUUGCAAAUUCCUAACAAAGGAAACCAACAAAUAUCGAGGUGGUCGGAUAAAUGGAAAAGAUCCCGGUGACACGACAGAAUUCAGAGGAAAUUGACAGGUUCCUUGAGGGAGCGGCGAGUUUUGCCGAUAUGAUGUUUGGGUUUUUGGACGGAAGCAAUGAUUCAGAGGAAAAUUUGAGGGACUUUGUUGACCGUGAUGAGAAUCCUAACGAUGAUGAGGAUGCUAUCCAGGUUGAACAGAACAAGAUUUUCUGGGAAGCCCAAGAACAGCUUCUUCAGGUAAAGGCAACAUUGUACCGAACUACUUCUCUAGAAUCAAGAAUUCGACAAGCUACAAAAGAAGCAUUGAGGGAAUUAGAUGUGGUGGGAGUGCAAUGCGCUUGUCGGAGACCGGUGGCCGGAGGUUGUCGGAACUGUUUUCAAAGGGAGCUCUCGAUUCGUCUCCAAAACAUAGGUUUCAAUUGUUACAUACGCAAGUCCAAGUGGAGGAGGUCCUCGGAAAUUCCCUCAGGGGAGCACACGUAUUUAGAAGUGUUGGACAAAUCGAACGGCAAAAAGGGAGAGGUAAGGGUCGUGAUCGAGUUGAAUUUCCGAGCUCAAUUCGAAAUGGCCAGGGCCAACGAAGAUUACAACAAGUUAAUCGCCCGGCUACCGGAACUAUUGGUUGGCAAAGCAGAGAGGCUGAAAGCAUUGAUCAAGAUUUUAUGUGGUGCAGCCAAAAAAUGCAUGAAAGAGAAAAAAAUGCACUUGGCUCCAUGGAGAAAGCACAAGUACAUGCAAGCGAAGUGGCUGGGAACAUACGAGAGAACAACGCCGGCACUUUUGCCGGUGGGAUAUUCAGACCGGCCACAAAAGCCCAAGGCUUCCAUGCUAACCUUUGAUCUGCAAGAGAAUUUGCCUGGCUUUCAUUACACUGCCGUCGAAGUUGUGUAGUGAUGAUCUCGAGAAACAUAAUUUUGUUGGCGGAAAUAUAAAUCAAGUUUUGAUCGCCUCUUAAAAACACUUAGUAAUUACAUUAUCAAAAUAUUAUGGCUUUUCUGAAUUCUCCAAGGGGAGGUAGAACUUGUGAUGAUAGACGAUGGAGAGAAGAAUUUUGUUUGUUUUAGCAUCAGUUUUAAACCCAAGAGGAUAAUAUAUUAAUAAAGAAGGAGACUGUAAAUACACCAAUGAUUAAUGUUUCAAUAUUAUUAUGGGUAUUAAUGGUGUUUUUUGUUUAAUAACAAUUAAGUGCAAAGUCAUUGUUAAAG